GUGGGCCAGGUGUUAUCCCAGCCACAUUGGUAUACACUGGUGGGGGGACCGAAAAAAAUCCAGCAUGUGAACCACAAAACGACGAUGUCACGCCGAAAGGAGGGGGCGGGGGAAUAAAUGGAUUCGUCGCAAAAUGUGCAACUCUGGAGGCGACAUGGUAGGGAGGAUGUGCAGGGUUCGGAGGAUGGAACUGUGACGUUAAUGGGUACGGGUAAAGCGAGCUCUGCGGUGCAGGUGCAAUCUGAGAUGGUGGGUGAGGAAUAGCUGGGUUCGAUGGGGGUGCAGCAGCCGUAGCGACUCCUGGGUGUCUCCAUCCCGGUGGUGAAAGGACACAUGAAUCAGGAUGUCUGCCUAAAAUCCGCCAUUGAUGACUAUUACACGGCUGAGCAUUUUGCACAUUUGGAGGUGCUGACACUUGUGGAUGAAGAGAUGAUAUGCCUGCUCGCCAUGAGAUUUCCGGUUGAGGGCCAGUACUACUCUGUGUUUGUGAUGUGGAAGGCGUUGGAGCAGAGCGAGAUGGGUGCAUUUGGGUGGUUACACCGGGAGGGCUGGAGUGUGAGGUGGUAUGGAUAUGAGGCAUUGGCAGAUUCUGACUGCAGGCGAUGGAUGGGACCGUAUUUAUAGCAAGGAGGUAGAGUGUUUGGCGUGAUGCUGGCAGAGUGCGCAAAGGCCGGCGUAUAGUUAGGUGCUGUGUUCCGUAAAAGUAACGAGUCCAUCAGUACCUUUCAGGGCGAAACGUACAUCCGUGACAUCCGCUCUGUUCUGGUUGUGCGACAAGGAGAGAUGAUUCCAAGCAUGUAUUCC